CGAGACUCUUUUACUGAACCUCGUCCCUCUGAAAAAUUGCCAGCAGGCCUAGAAAACCUACCAGAAAUGGCCAAAAUGAUCAGAACAAACGAGCAUAGCAUCAACCCUCACUUUAAGCCGACAUUGAACCAUUUUUCCAGGAGACUGGCAGUUCUCAUCUCCAUCACCACCGCCCUCCCACACCCCGAUGCCCCCAAGUCGAUUCUUGAGUACCAUCUGCUCUCGAACCAGCUAUUAGAUGAUCUAGCUCGUCACUACCAUCAGGUCUGGCCUCCAGUACCAGAGACGUUUGAGUAUCCGAAGGUCAUUCCAGCCUGGGUCGGCACGGACUUUGAGCAGUCCAUUGACAUUGCCACUAAGCGCCGAAGAUUUGGUCGUUUCAUUGGGUUGCAGGGGUGUGAAAGUCCCGUGCAGUCUUCUUUUGGUAUUCUUGGGUAUUCUCAAGAGGAUUCGAAUGGGCAAGGUGGUAAUUUUGAUGUCGCAGGAAAAAUGGAGAGGGAAUGGCAGGAGGCACUACGGAGAGCCAUGAUGGAGAACGAUUCGGAUUUUCUAUUGCAACCAAAGGGCGGCGGUGUUUAAGUAUUUAAGCGCACAUUUAAACCUUGCUGCUUCAAGUAUUGAGAGAAGAGAAAUGUGCUCAAUCCUAAAAUUUCUUGGUUCCUCAUUUUGAAUGCUCCUCUUCAAACGUUGGUUG